AUGGAUGCUAGUCGUAAAGCAUUAUUUCAAUCUCCACAUGUUCCUACUGUUGAACCAACCAUGGCAACAACAACAACAACUAAUAAUGCAAUGAUAUUAAAUACAAUUGAAUUAGAAAAUGCAACACAAUUUUAUCGUUCAGAAACAGAAAAAGAAUUACAUUCUCAACAUUUACAAAAAAUACGAGAAAAUAUUCAAUCAUUAACAGCUGAUGCAUGGCUUUAUCAAGAUCCAGAUAAAUUAAUUGGUUUUCAACGUGUAACAACACAUUAA